GAGAGAGAGAGAGAGAGAGAGGAGGGUGACUAAGUGAAUGCAGUUUGCCAUCUCGUGUCGCUGAAUCACAGCAAAGUCCACAGGCAGGCAGAUGGAUUGGACCUAAUAUUACCAAACGGAGGCUGAAGGAAUAAAUAAAUAAACAAAAAAAAAGCUGGAUGCUGGCUGCAUUCAGAGGGAGACACAGGGAAGGAUGGAGAGUCUGCCUUAAUGAGCUUUCAUCUCCGCAUCACACACUGCUGUGUGGAAUCCACGGGGAGGGGAAGGAAAACACCAGACAACUCAUUUCUCUCUCAUGGAGCUGGGAGAUGGAAUAGAGUCAACUGUGGGACUCACUGGGAUUUUUGAAUAGCAGCUCAUGCYGGUAUUCGUGUGUGUGUGUGUGUGAGUCAGUGUGUGUGUCAGUGUGUGUGAGCUGAUAAUAGCAGCUCCAUUGGUAUUCAGUGGAGGGAGCUCCAGGAUCUCGCUGCGCCUUUCCCCAGGAUGGGAUCACAGAGCAGGGAUUGUGCUUGCCUGUGGAGAGCCCGCUGAAAUGGAUCUGAAGCCUCGCAGCGAUGGACGUCAAACGGGCAGCACGGACGCCAACAUGUACCCUCCAGCGGCUAGCUCUCCACACCUAACCGCCUCCACCGUCUGCAGCCGUCAGCUCCAGCCGUUCCAACGAGGACCGAGCCGGCUGAGUUGAGGUUGGACCCGCCAGGAGCUGUCUGCAGAGCGGAGAAGGACAGGCCUCAGAGGAGUGGACGAGCAACAAACCAGUCAACGUGUUGAGCACACAAUUAAGCUUCAGCUAAAACCAGUUAGUCUGCUGUGACGCUUGAGCAAUGGUAUGGAGCUUUUGGACUUACCUGGAUUUAUCAACUGGAUAUCCUAUUGAGAUUGCAACAUUUUGAUGGAGCGGCCUCUCUUUUUCCAGAUAAAUUUGUGGGCAACAGUGAGUAAUUGAAAAUCUGCUCCUGGGAGGCUUCCUUUUCUGUGUUUUUGUACCUCUUUUCAAAGGACCAGUUUUGAACCCCUUUGUUUGUCCCAAAUUCCCUUUUCUUUCUUUUUCACCAUCUUUCUCUCACAUUGCAGAGAAAUACAUUAUGAAGCAGCACCAUUCUUCUUCAUCCUCUCUCAGUGACAGAGAGAGAAGAGGGACAGACUGUCCAGAAUAGAUAACAAGUAAGGAGAGCAGGGGUAGGAAAAAGAGAAAAAUAAGAGCAUGAAACAGAGGGACAAAUUAAGAAAAAUUUGAAAAGAAACAAAAGAGAAGAAAAGAAAAAACCAAGAGAUUUAACCAGGUUUGUUGGGAAUCUUUUUUUGAGUCGUUUUUUGAUUUGUCUGUGUUACAGUGCAGUUAUCACAAUGGACUCGCAGGGGUUUGGGAUUUCAGCCAGAGGGGGAACUUGAGCAGAGAGUGAGGGUUAAGUCCCGUCUGCACCUGACUGCUCUGCAUCGUAGUGUCUGGAGAGGUAGACGGACUAGAUUAUGGCCGGGCAAACAGACAGCUGUAAAGAAUGACAGACAAGCUCUGAGGCAGGACGUUAGACUGAGGAGAAGACAGGUACACAGCCAACGUGYCAGGCCAAAAACCAGACAGACAUCCACCGCUGGCAUAGUAGACAAUUCAUUGUCAUUCUGUGCAGUGUGUUCGGAAAAGGCUGAGACACAAGCAGAGACAGAGAAAAGGAAGAGCUUCUGGAGAAUUUAACUUCGUCUGCAUAGGUUGUCCGAGGCUGCUUGCUGCAAACCAAUGUGUUAAAAAAUGAAUAAAUAAAUAAAGAAAACAAGCUCCACUGUUGGGGUGGCUGUUACUGGAAAGGAAAUACAGGUUGGAGAAAAAGAGGGAGACAAAGAACCAGAGGAAAAGAGCAGGUGUCACAACACCUCCCCUUCAUCUGCUUGUCAUUUACUCCUUUAUGCUUUCUCAUCGUGUGGUUCUGGGAUUGAUUUUCUGAUGCUGGCGUUGCUCCUCCUAUAAGCCCUCUGCAGUCCCUAAAAAAAUCAGUGAGGGAGGAAAACAGCAAAAACAAACAAACAAAAAAUGGAGCCCUCUUUCAUUGACUAAUUUUUCACCACAUCUUUUUUUUUUAACGGUCAAGAUGGCAUCUUGUUUUUUUCCCCUUAAGUAAGGAAUAGGAAGAAGAAAAACGCCCACACGAUCAAUCUCUCAUCCGGUUUUGUCCACAGAACUGAAUCUGUCUUUUCGUCAGUUGGAUUAUUUUUUUCCCUCUUCUCUCUCUGAGUUAUAAACAUUGGAUUCCUCCAGAUUCCCUUCGUAUGUCCUCACCUCCAAUGACACAGUGAAAACUCCUCUAACUCCCUUGUCAGCAUCCCCCCCUCACCCCCCUCCCUCCAUUGGCUGAGGUGCUAGAACUCUGUGGGCUCAGAUCUCAGUGCUCGUGUUGACUCACUACUACAGCUAUAAUAUGGCACGGCCCUUCUGAUUCUCUCUGAUUCAUUCUGUGUUGGUACAGGCAGCCAGCAGACCGUUCUCCAUGAGGAGCAGUAGAAGAUGCCGGCUCUGCCAGCACUGCUGCUGUCAAUACGCUUCAUCUUCUUCCUGCUAGUGACAAUGGCACCACGCUCCCUGAGUCAGGCCCCUCUUCUUUCCUCCGUUCGCAUGGCGGCAAUUCUGGAUGACCAAUCUGUGUGUGGGCGUGGGGAGCGGCUGGCGCUGGCCUUGGCCAGGGAGAACAUCAACAGUGUGUUCGAGGGCCCGGCCCGAGCCCGAGUGGAGGUGGACAUAUAUGAGCUGCAAAAAGACUCCCAGUAUGACACCACAGACACCAUGUGCCAAAUUCUACCCAAAGGAGUCGUCUCUGUGAUAGGUCCAGCCUCCAGCCCUGCCUCUGGCUCUACUGUCAGUCAUAUUUGUGGAGAGAAGGAGAUCCCUCAUGUAAAAAUUGGUCCGGAGGAAACUCCCCGCCUGCCGUACCUGCGCUUCGCCUCUGUCACUUUGRACCCCAGCAACGAGGACCUGAGUCUGGCCGUGGGGUCCAUCUUGCACUCAUUCAGCUACCCCUCUGCCAGCCUGGUCUGCGCCAAAGCUGAGU